AUGAAUACAUUUGAAGGUAAGUCACUGAUUCUUACAUAGGAAAAGUAACCAGUGGAGUGAAUUUGUUUUUAAACAUGCAGAAACAUCGCCACAUCUGCAUGCAGAAGACAAGCAGGUGAGUGGUACAAUUCAAAGCAAAAACAAGAAACUUAAGCUGGAAAUAGGGGAGACUGACUAAGACAGUAAUCCAAUGCACAUUUACCUGGGAGCAAGUCCCACUGAAUUUACGUGUAUGUUAACAUGUAUAGGAUUAUACUGUACAGAGAUUACAGUAAUCCUUUCAGGACAAAAUUAGGGAGGAACUAAAAUAUAAGCAGAAUCAACAGCAAGGGGUUUUUUGUUUUUUUUUUAGCAAUAUUUGAUCACUGAAAAAGAUAAGUAAGUAAAGGUGAAAUCUGAUAUGAUCAAAAAUAAUACCAAGCUCUCUAGCCCCAAGAAAAAUAAACAAAAGGAAAAGGAAAGGAAGAGUCUGAAUGAUAAAACAAUGAAAUCCUCUCUUUGAAAGAAGUGCAGAGCAAUUAUUCAUAUGUUUUAACUAGAAGUGGAAGUCCUGGAGCACCUCCAGACUGUCACUAUUUUUCAUAGAAUCAAAGAAUUGCAGAUUGGAAGGAACCCCUAGUCCCACCCCCUGCAAUGCAGGAAUCUCAACUAGUCCAUACAUAACAGAUGGCCAUCCAACCUCUUCUUAAAAACCUCCAAGGAAGGAGAGCCCACCACCUCCCAAGGGAGUCCAUUCCACUGUUGAACAGCUCUUACUGCCAGAAAGUUCUUCCUGGUGUUUAGUUGGAAUCUGCUUUCUUUUAACUUGAAGCCAUUGAUUUGGGUCCUGCCCUCUGAAGCAGGAGAAAGCAAGCUUGCUCCAUCCUCCAUGGGACAGUCUUUUGGAUAUUUGAAGGUGGCCAUAUAUCUCCUCUCAGUCUCCUCUUUUCCAGACUAAACAUACCCAGCUCUUUCAGCUGUUCCUUGCAAGGCUUGGUUUCCAGGCCUUUGACCAUCUUGGUUGCCCUCCUCUAUACACGUUCCAGGUUGUCAAUAUCGUUCUUAAAUGGUGGCACCCAGAACUGGACACUGCACUCCAGGUGUGGUCUGAACAAAGGGGCUAUGACUCUCUCUUUUUUCAAUUACAUUUUCCAUAGCUCAGUUUCAUUUGUUUAGACAUUAGGGUUAAAUUAGGAAGAAAAGGGGAGAAGAGGUGGAGGGUGCCACGGUGGGUGGGGGUGGGGUCGGGAGGCGACGUUUCUAUUUUGCUUAAUGUAUGUGUGGGGUUUUGUGUCAGCAUCAUUUGUGCAGGUUCUGUUUGCUAUUCACUUGUGUUCCUUUGAUGGUGAGAGAAAUUGGGUUUGGCCUAGGGUGCGGUUGCUUGUUUGUGGUUGGCUGUGGUGAACUUUGUUUUUGUGUGUGAGUGGUGUGUGUGUGUGUGUGUGUGUGUGUGUUUGAAUCAGGUUAGCCAUAUUGAUUUGUAUGCUGUUGGUGGAUUCUUGUCGUUGUCUUGUUGGGCUGUGUAUGGUUGUUGCAGCCUUGAAUAGCACUAGGGCAGGUUGUACCCCUCAACCUGUACCCCUCAAUCCCUUUUGCAGGCGUUUGACAAGUUAAAGUGUAUUAAAGGGCCCUGAUGCUCUAGCACAAUAAAUGCAACUUAAAAAACAACCAGACUUUUUGCAGUUUAGAAAGUGAUGGAGACAUGCACUGAAAAGUGUGGGAAGAAUAAAUGAUUAAUGGGAAAGACAUGGGGACAAUAAAAAGGAAUGAAUGCAGGAUGAAUGCUCAUUGUCAUAUAUUGGGGGAAAAAAUUUGGAUGAAUGAAUGCUCAAUAAAUACUUUGAGAAAGCAAAUCAGGUGAAUGCUUUAUAAACAGGUUGUCUGGAGGGAGCUGUACUGUGUGCAAUGAGGUUUACUCCCAGGUGGUUAGUAUAGGAUUGCAGCCUGCUCAAAAAAAGUAGAAAAGAACUGAAUACUGCUGGCAGAGAGAAGAUAAUUAAUGCCAAAAAUGCACAAGAGGUUUGAAAGGGCAAAAAUAAAGGAUAAAAAGCACAAAAUAUGAAAUUGAGCCUUGUGGAACCCUGACAAACUGAUUAAAGAACUAUUAACAGAAACAUGAUGUAUACUUAGAAAGAUAAGAGGAAAAAGCCAAGACAGAACCGAACUGUGAAAACCAAGUUCAUACUAUGAAAAUGAUCAGAAACAAUGAAAGUGAGGAUAUAUCAAGAAGAUUAGUUAAUGAAACAAACAGCAAUAACCUAUACUCAGGAUCUGCCAGGUGAAGGGUUUGGUAGUGGCAAGAUGCCACUGUGGCAGCUAUGCUGGAAGAGCACUCCAGCAGGGCUGUUCUGCCCGCAAAGAUAUACCAGCACAAUGGCUAAAAGCAGGUAGGGUCAAGGGCAGGAUGGGGUUGGAACAAAGCAGGAGCACACUUAUGCCCUAACCUACAUUCCUCCAAAUUGCAGACAUGACUCCAUCAGUGGUGCAACUUUACAUCAGCCCUAGAUCUGGUGCAAGAAAAUCCCCACCGUAGACUUAAGUGGGAGGGGGAAAUGUAAAUGGCCAGCCCUGCAGCGAUAGCUGCCCUGCCCACACCACCACCACCGAAUGUAAAAUAUGGUGUAACUCAGCGCCCAGUGCCCUCCCACACCCUCCACACCACAGAGGAUUUAUACUGGACCACGCACAAUUACACUUCUUAAUGGUUGCAUUUUUGCCACAUUACUGCCAUCUGGAGCUGCACAGUUGCCGUUUCACACAACAAAAGUGGAGCCCUCACCCCGAAGAACACUUGCAGAAUGAAAAGCUGCAGGAUUUCAGCAGGAAGCUAUAGGACACACUGGCGCUUGGGACGGCGCAAGUGUUGCACCCUCCUGAUGGACUGGGCAGCGGUCAGUCCCUUCGCUGGCCAGCAUCUAUUCAAGGGAGUCUCUCUUUUCAAACUAGCCGCAACUUGGGAUCAGAGAUAAGGCAGAGGAACGUGAAGCAGGAGCACCACUGUGUCCCUUCACCCUCCUGUCCUUGCAGCGAGACCGGCUGGCCAACCCGUGUGGCUCCAGCCGUGCUUUCCCACCUCCCUCGUCCCCCCUCCCUCCCUCCUUGGUGGGUGGCGGCGGCAGCACCCUCCCCCUCUCGGCCUGCCUCCCUUCACUGGCCAUGAGAAGAAGGCACCACCACCUCAGCCCCAAAGGCCCAGGCUGGGCAAGUCUUGCCUCCCUGUGGCUCUGGCCUUGAUGUGGAGCCUGUCAUGAAGGUGCCUGGCUGCGCCCCCUCAUAAAUUUGUAUCCAGGGCCAUGGCCCCCCACGCUACACUACUUCUAAGGGCCCAGAUCCUUGAGGGAUUGCUGGCUCCCUAGAAUGCCUGCCCAAAUAUUAAGGUCCAGUAGGGACACCCUCUUAAUAGAGGGUUUGAUAUGGGAAAUAUGACAUUCUCAGAAGAUUCAACUGGCACAAACCCUGAUAGGUUUCAAACAUCAGUUAAAAACGUUUGUCCAAGCUUUUGAUUAAGGUGGCUGUGGAGGUGGGUAGCUGCUCUCACAGAAUCUGUUGAUUUAAACUGCUUCUUUUAUGUGACUGAUAAAUGUAUUAUGCAUUAUUUUUGCAUAUUGCACCCCUCUCUGGGGUAGUUUCAAUGAAGAGCAGACCAUAUAUUGCCUAGAUAAGGAACAAUAAAACAAAUAACUGCCUUCCCUACACAGGUUUCUGCACACUUGCAUGCUCCAUGGAAGACGAUUAUUGGGUAGAUGAGACACCUGGGAUGCUGCUGUCAAGCAACUCCACACAAAGGUGCAAAAGCCCUGCUGGCACCCCCACAUAUGUUUCAGAAUCUCCUCCAUCCUGGAUGCUACCAUUGCCUCGAGUUGUUCCUUUGUUGCUGGAGGUUGGGAGAUGGGAUCCUUUGCCCCCAUCAUAA